AUGCGCCUGGGCUCUUCCAACAAUCCCCUCCUCCCCCCCGCCAAGGCUGGCCCUUCGUCGAGCUCCUAUGCCCCCACCACCCUCACUUCCUUUGAGGUUUUCACGAACAGCGCCAUCCAGAUAUGGAUCAGUGACCCCCAGAAGCAUGGCGAAGGCACCACGGCGUUUGUCACCUAUCUGAUCACAACCAAGACUAUUCUGGAGUCGUUCUCUGUGCCCGAGUUCUCGGUUCGACGACGAUUCACCGAUUUUGUCUGGCUCAACAAAUAUCUGGGCGACGAGUGUCCGGCCUGCAUCAUCCCUCCACUUCCGGACAAGCAUCGGAUGGAGUAUAUCACCGGCGACCGCUUCAGCACCGAGUUCAUCGAGAAGAGAAGGCUGUCGCUCCAGAUCUAUCUCGACCGCGUUUCUCGACAUCCGACGCUGCAACGAAGUCAGACCCUCAAGCAAUUUCUCGAGAGCAGCGACCUGGUAGGGUUGGGCGAUGCGAAGAAGGAUGCAUACGUGUUCGAAGGCUUGAGCGAUGUGCUGAUCAAUGUAUUCACCAAAGUCAAGAAGCCCGACGAGCGUGCGCUGCUCUACCGUGCGGGCGUCGACAAGCUCGAGGAGAAUCUAACGGCAGUCGAGAAAAUGGCAGCAAAACUUGUCAAGCAAGAGUCGGAGCUGGAACUGGACUAUGCCGAGCUGGCCGGGCUCAUGACAACGUUGGGCAAUAUGGAGACGCAAAUCACCGUUCCGCUCUCGGAGUUUGGGCACACCAUUCGGGAUGCCUCGUUGCUGCUGAAGGAUAAGAUCCAGAACGAAGAAAACGACUAUCUAAGCAAUCUCCGCGACUAUAUCGCUUACUGCCAUUCGGUUCGGGAGGUGCUGAAGUUGAAUGACCAGAAGCAGAUGGAUUUCGAGGCUCUGACGGGCUACUUGGAAAGCUACACCGCCGAACGAGAGCGUCUUCUGUAUCCCGGCCGCAACGCCAACUCCCUCAGCACCUUCUUCAAGGACAAAUACCAGGAACUCAAGGGCGUUGAUCUUGAAAAGGCCAAGGUGGCUCGGAUCGGGCGCCUCGAGCUGAAGAUUGCAGAGUUGCAAGAUGCUGUUGACUCAAGCCACCAAACCGCCGAGGCCUUUACCAACGAGAUCUCGAAGGAAAUGGAUCUCUUCGAGGCCAACAAGUCGAUGGAUUUCAAGGAGAUUCUGCGCCGAUCAACUGAUGCCCAGCUAGAGUACCAUCAGCGGGGACAGAAACUCUGGGACGAUUUGAUCCCGAUCUUGGAGGGUAUCCGGCUUGUCGAAUAG